AUGGAAGCUGUACUGAAGAAAUGUCAACAUAUGCAAGUCAAGGAUUUGAUCAAAGCACUACAACGCUGUAAACGGAUCGACAUGCUAUAUUCUCUAAGAAGGCUCGAACAACGAGGAAAAUUAGAAAAGCCUCUAGAACAUUUUCCUGGAAUUAAUUCUGUCUCCACGUCGUUGGCUUCACCAAUUGCGGUAUCAAAAACUGCAGACUCUGAUUCCGUAAAGACCAUAUUGCUUGUUCAUUAUGAGGGAGAUGAUCGUGAGACGAAAGAUUUUCGAUGGCUACGGAAAAAUCUGAUACAACAUGCUUCACAGCGUGGAUAUCGAAUAAGCGACAUAGCAGAUCUGGACAUUGACGUCAAUUUAACUUCUACCGUGGAGGAGGCUUUUGCUAAGGCUCAUCAAAUUGUCGUCAGCUUUAGUCCAUCUCAUAUUGAAGCUGUAAAAACAAGAAGUAGCGCCUGUAGAAGUGUCUUGUACAUGCAUGAUUUGAUGAGUCAAGAAUUCUUCACACUGAACAGCACCAACAGGAGAUUUCGGCCGGUUAUUUUCAAUGACACGCAACCAAGUGAUCUUCCCGUUGGCUGGCCACGUUCGACACUCGUCUAUCAUUUCCCCACCAAUAUGGGAGCACUUUGUACGAAAAUCUUCAAAAGCAAUGAUCAAGACUACAGUUCCAGGAUGAUUACAAGCUAG